AUGCCUGUACAGGAUUUUCAUCUUUUGGGAGACCCUCUCUCUUCUGUGAGGAUCAUUGAAGUCAGGGAACAGUCAAACAUUGAUGAACUCAAAAUUUUGAUCGCAAAUCAGUUCUCUAUCGUGAGACCCAAUGGCAUCGGUUUCCAAAGCAAAGACAGCAAUCCCCUCAUCGAUGUCUCCGAUAUAAUUGCUGCAAAUGGCCCUAUCGAAGUCAUAAUUGACGGAUAUGGGGUCCGUGAUCCAUCAACGCCUAGCUCAUUGCCAUAUGUUGGCAAUUACUUUGAAGUUUAUCCCGACCACCUCGGCAAUCACCAACGUCUCUUCGAGAAGCUUGGACCAUUGAUCAAGACCACUACUCUGGGAAGAACCAUCUAUCAAACCAAUGAUCCAGAGAUCGCAGCUAUUGCUUUCGCUGAGUCUGAAUUCUUUACAAAGAAAAUCAAUUCCGCACACCCCCUUUCCGGGAUCAAAACACCAGCUGCUGGAGUUUUCUUGGGAGACACCGAUACACCGGAGUGGAGGAUUGCGCACAAGUUUCUUCCGCCUGCACUUGGCCCAAAAGCUGUUCGUCACUAUGCUCCCACAAUGCAGAAAACAGUCGAGGAUGCUUUUGCGGUAUUUGAUGAAUUUGACGAGCAAGGCAAGGCUUGGAACGUCUAUCAAUAUAUGCUUAAACUUGGCUCCCAGGCGGUCGGAAAGCUCACUCUCGGUUUGGACUUUCAGCACUUCUCUUCCCCUGAUGCUCCGAUGCAUGAAAUGGUCCAUCUGAUUGCCGAGAAUCUUGCUUUGAACAAGAAGGUCACCUCACGAGGCAAUUGGUAUCGAAUGCUACCAUUUGGAGACCCGCAAAAAUUGAGGAGAUGUAUGACUCGCGUGGAAGAGAUUGUCGAUGAAUCCAUCAAACAUGCUGCACGGGGAGGUGUUGAAGACCUGCCCCUUCAAGAUGCUGCACUAAAAGCGUCGAAUAUGGUUGACUACGCGAUUCGCGCAACGGAUAACAAGGGUGAUAAACUGCCCAAGUCAAGUCUCGUGUGGGCUCUCGUGGUGGCGACUGGAGCUGGCUUUACCACGACCAGUUCCCUUCUGUCUUGGUUGAUCUACGGACUCGUAACCUACCCCGGAAUGCAAGAAAGAUUGCUUCAAGAGCUGAUUGACAACGGUAUUGACGACAGUACUGAAAUGACUUCUGAACUAACGGAGCGUCUUGAUUUCCUCGACAAGUUCAUCAAAGAAACACAACGCCGCCACAAUCCGUCGUUCCAACCGGGUCGCACAGCCAAGAAAGACCUGAUCCUGCCAGGUGGCUAUAGGCUACCCAAAGACGCCGUCCUCAUCGCAGCAUUGCAUCAUAUCCACAACAAUCCCAACCUCUGGGACAAUCCCAACACGUUUGAUCCUGACCGAUGGGAUACGGAUGCAGUCAAGUCCAGGCACAAGGCAGCCUAUAUCCCCUUUGCAGUCGGCCCCCGAAUGUGCAUUGGGUUCAAUUUCGCCCUUCAAGAGGUCAAGGUUUUCCUUCCGAAACUGAUUUAUCGGUACAAAUUUCAUCGUGAAGGAGAAUAUCCGAUCGAGUAUGAUCCCGAGUUUCAGCUGAUUAGACCGAACAAUCUCUAUGUUCGUGCUGAGAGACGGGUCAAAUGGCCACCAAAGACAGAGCAGGAAUAG